AUGGCGGAAAAUGUACAGGAACUUGAGAUACAGACAGAGGACGUGUACGCUGGAGACGGGCUCGAUCCUGUGUAUCAGGCCAAAGCCAGAAUUCUGAACGAUGCUCUGCAGGAAAUCGGCAUGGGGAAUGAUAAUCUCUGGCCAAUCGUGACUGGGCUGAUCUUACCGCCCGUCGUCAACGAGUUCGCCUUCAAAGGCCCGUUUUUAAAGCUAGGUCAGAACAUCGGGCUGCUCGUCGGUGCCGCAUUUUGGGGCGUUGGGUCAGACGUCUGGGGACGCAAAUGGUCGUUCAAUCUUACGCUAUUGAUCACUGGCAUUUUCGCUGUUGCAGCCGGCGGGUCCCCGAACUUCGUUGCGCUCUGCUCAUUGGCUGCUGUAUGGAGCAUCGGGGUGGGCGGGAAUUUGCCUGUCGACUCUGCCGUCUUCCUAGAAUUUGUACCUGCUUCGCACCAGUACCUCCUCACCGUCUUGUCCAUCUGGUGGGCCCUCGGCCAGUUGCUCGGAAGUCUGGUUGCCUGGCCUCUAAUCGCAAACUACUCGUGCCCGACAACGGUGAACCCUUCACCAUGCCUCCGCGAUUCCAAUCAAGGGUGGCGAUACUUCCUCUUCACUAUGGGCGGGCUCAUGCUCGUGCUAUUUGCGCUCCGUUUCUUCGUGUUCCAUUUGUACGAGAGCCCGAAGUAUCUGAUGGGUCGUGGACGCGAUGCAGAGGCCGUCGAGAUCAUUCAUAGGGUCGCGGAGUAUAAUUGGAGGAGCAGCAGUUUGACACUGGAAAUGCUCAGGAGGGCCGAGCAACAGGGCACCAAUGAUGAGAAGACAACAGAAAAGGUGGAUGAGGAGGACAGGGAAAGGGGUACGGAUAUGGAUACAUCCAGAGUCGCCGCUGUGAAGAGGAAGUUAAGCGGCUUUGGGCGGUCGCACGUCUCGGCAUUAUUCAGGACGCGGAAACUAGCCCAGUCCACUAGUUUGCUCAUCGUGCUUUGGGCUUUGAUCGGUCUCGCGUUUCCUCUUUAUAACAGCUUUGUGACUUACUUUCUCGCUACCCGUGGCGCCGACUUCGGGGAUGGCUCCGUCUACAUCACCUAUCGUAACCAAGUGAUCCUCAGCGUCAUCGGUGUGCCUGGUGCCCUCCUUGCUGGCUGGGCUGUCGAGCUUCCUUACCUUGGCCGACGCGGCUCGCUCGCCAUAUCCACGACCUUGACCGGCGUCUUCCUCUUUGCUUCCACGACAGCGCGUACAUCCAAUGCGCUCCUCGGUUGGAACUGCGGCUACAGCUUUACAAGCAACAUCAUGUAUGGUAUACUGUAUGCCCUCAGCCCAGAGCUGUUUCCGACAAAAAACCGAGGGACGGGGAACGCCAUCGUCGCGAGCGCAAAUCGAGUAUUUGGAAUCAUGGCACCUAUCAUUGCCUUGUAUGCCGACCUCACCACUUCGGUGCCGAUAUACAUCUCGGGGGCUCUCUUCAUUGUCUCUGGGUUCAUCGCGCUUUUGCUUCCGUUCGAUCCGCGCGGCAAGGCAUCGUUGUAGCCUGCUGUACUGCCUACUCGGCCAACGCGUUUCACGAGCAAGGUCACGAGUAUUCUUCUUAGUAGGGUAAUCCCCGGUCAGUCUGUAUCUACGCACGUUGCGUCUCUUUCUUGUCCGUUUCAGCGUUGCACGAGAUGGAAUGCAUUUACGACCUUCGGCAGUGCAUGUGCUGGUUGAUUGUUCCACGCACUUGUGGUUACGGGCCGUUUGGCAGUUUUUGGUUAGAUCGUGCUCUGGGUUGGAGACGAGGAUUUGAGAUUGAAUUGGAACAAAUUUGCAUGAUCCUUUUCUUCGCUUUCCUCUAGCAUAAACCUUAGUCACUGGCACUUCUUCCACUCUUGAUGUAUCAUCAUCUGUCGAUAUCGUCGACUUGAAGCCUCGACAUUCGAUGGUUCUGUUCUAGGUUGCGACUCUAUCUGCCCUCGCGCGCCCAAAUUUCUACUGGUGUAGCUUCAGGCUUUCAACUCGCCGCCGUUGUUUGACAGAGAUCUUUGUAUGUACUCUUGCAAAUGCUCC